ACUGAUCCUGAGCAGGAAAGAUUUUUCUAUUGCCUGGUAGACUGUCAACGAAAGGCUGGCAGCGUCGAGACCUGCGACACGGUCACGGAAAGGGGUGAGAAGCCCCGGAAGAAAUUAUGGGGGGCAGAAAGCCGCAGGAAACAAGUAGUAGCGAGGAGAAUGGAAAAAACCCCAAAGAGAACAGGCCGACGAAAUCGCGACCAAACGGUGCGUCGAGGGCUCAAAGAAGAGAGAACAAGAGGGGGGAGACGAGCGCUGAGUGUCGAGGGGUUGAGGAUGUCGCGAGAGGAAAGGGAAAAGGGGAAGAAGGAUACGGAGGGGGGGAGAAGAGUUCGAGAAGUAGAGGAAGAAGAUGAGGGCGGAAGACAGGAGAGACAGGCGACUGGGAGCGAUCCCAAGUGGGAAUGCCGAAUACUGGACCACGGGUUGGGCUGGGGCCAAAGCUCCUCCACUGGGUAAUUUAAUCUGCAAAUAUUAAGCUCAGCCCGUCUCUGGC